AUGUCCCAUCUACACUUCGAAAGGACGCGCACGGCAUCGCCGGGUCUCAAACAGGUCGCCUUUGAUCACAAGUGCCAGGUCAUCCCCGAAGGCGACUGCGCAGAGCUCCGCAACUUGCUCAGUCUCAACCCCAGCCGUGCACAGAGUCCCCCCAUCCUCGGCUCAUCGCGCCCGAGCAGCUUUAUCGCUCGUGCCAUCUCGCCGCAGCUCGUGCGCGCAAAGUCGCCCAACCUCAAAAAGGCAACAGGAUUGGGCCAUGCUCCACCAUCCGCGGUCACAUCGUGGAGGACUCGCCUGGCCAGCUGGGGUAGCGGUAGCGGCGGCGGCGAGAACAGCAGCCAACCCAACUCUAUUGACGGAAACAUCUCGGCUGCAUUCGGACCUUCAGCGCCAUCUCACAGCAGCAAUGACGACACCAGCAGCAGCGGCAACAAUCAGAGCAGCAGCGAUGACGGCCCUCGUCUAGUCGCUCCCAUUGCGGCGCGCGGCACUCCCAGCCUCAUGAUUCCGUUCAAUGACGACGACGAAUCGGUCGACAUCUCGCCCUCUAAUGAAAGCGUCAUCGACUUUGACGACGUCGAUGCCGAGUUUCAACAUGCAGUGUCUGGGAAAGCCAUGCUGCGAAACCAUACACCGGUCAGCUCGAUCCAGGCUAGCCCAUCUCCGACACUUCAGCCGCCACGAUCUGCGAGCCCGUUCGUUCGUUCUACGAGUCCAUUCGUUCGUAGCAAUAGCGAACUGCGAUACCAACGGCCCAUGCCCGGCGGCAGACGCAAGAGCUGCCUUGUCCGAUCCAGCACACCACAAGCACCAGGUCCACCCCGGUUGAUAGACGAUGGCAUGAGUCCAUUGCGAGCUACUCGAUCGCAUGACCGCGACGACUCCUUUCCACAGCGAAGGCGGGCAGACGGCGUUCCGGUGGUUUGUUCAUCGCCGCUCAGCCCUACGCACGAACAGCACGGCCCAGCUGCAUCGGCGCCUGCUGCGGAAGGAUCUCGGUCUGCCAAGCACCAGCUGCAAGGAUUGGUAGGAUCGGAAAAGUCCAAGCUAUCUCGUUGGAGACGCUUCCGUAGAACCGCUUCGGAAGAUGCGCCGCGUGUCGAAUCCAGCAGCUCCACCGCCACCACGUCCGAGAUGCGUCUCGACGAUGCGGGCAUUAAGCGCCAAAUACAAGCAGGUCGUUGGCCAUUCGAAGCUCCGUUGAAUGCAGAGUGUAGUUGCAAGAACUGUCAAGACAGGAUCGAGGUGGGACUGGCGUCCAACUACGAGCCGCGCUGGACGCGCGCCGCCAGGAUCAGGUGGCUGGAAGGGCAGGGGGAGGCUGCACUCCCGUCUAAGCAAGGAGCGAGCGGCUCGAAGCUCCACUUGCCACGCUCUGCCGGUCGCACAGCCAUCCAAGCUGACGAGAUGGCCCAACUGCACAACGAGACGGUGCAUCCACAAACUGCAGCUGAACUGGCAGCACAUGAGCCUGCGUCGCCUUCAGCGGAGAAGGGCAAUCUCGUGGCAUGGGAAGCCAAGCUACCGAAUCCGACGGGACUGGAGGAAGGCGACGAUACUCUGCGGCGAGAGAUUCUGGCACGGAGAGAACAGGCGGCAAGGCAGAGUCCCGUCCUGCGCCACGGAGCGCGAAGCAUGAUGCGUCAAAUUGAAGAAGCGGAACGUCGAGAACAGGAGGCGGCGCGGGCCAGGUCUGCGAGUCGAGAAGGACAUCGUGAGUCUGGAGCUGGGUCUGGACGCACUUCACCAGCGACACUAACCUCGCCCGCAAUGUCGCCAUCGACGCCAUCCACCUCACACACGGUCUCGACUCCGCCGCAGGAACCGCAGGCAGAGGGGCAGAGUACGGCAGCUUCGGUUUCGUCGUACUUUGACCCUCGCCCCGCCCCUCCCGAACGAGUUCGGUCGCCGUUGAUCCCCGCUGAUAUGGCGUCCACAUCUCGGUACGUCCGGCCUAUUGCAACGGACGUAGCUGAUCCUUCCAGCUUGUCCUUGGCAAGUGUAGCCCAAUCGCUGGAAGCGCUCGCCUCGCCUGCAUCCUCUCCGUCCACCUGA